GGCUUCAAUUUAGCCUCGUCUUUAUUCACAGAAACACCAGCGAUUCAAUUACAUUCAUCUACAUCUACAAUUUAAUUUAAUUUGAACCGAAUCGUCUUCCAAUAAUCUCGCAAAACCACAGAGGGCUCCGAAGCUCCGCAUACGAAAAUGCCUAAACCCCUCGACAUCUCCAAUCCAUCCGAUGACAUCUGUCCCAUAUGUAAAUCCAACCGUUAUCUCAACCGCGAUCUCGAAUUCCUCAUUAACCCAGAAUGCUACCACAAAAUGUGUUCCACCUGCGUGGACCGCAUCUUCACCUCCGGGCCCGCGCCUUGUCCCGUUCUCCACUGCGGUCGCACGUUACGGAAAAAAGGGUUCAAAUCUGCGUUUUUUGAGGAUCUAGGCAUAGAACGCGAAUGUGAUAUUCGACGUCGAGUAAAUGAAGUGUUCAAUCGCAGCGAAGAUGAUUUCGAGACGUUGUUGGACUACAAUAAUUAUUUAGAAGAGACGGAAUGCAUGGUCUUUGAUCUGGUGAAUGGGAAGGGCAAAGUAAAACAAGAAGCGGAGGAGAAGCUAAGGAGGUUUAGAGAAGCGAACCGCGGAGCCAUUGAGGAGAAUAAGAACGCGAGGCUAAGGGAGGUGGAGAUGGGGAAGAGGAAGGAGUUAGAGGAUAGGGAGAUGGCGAAACAGAGGAGACUAGCGGCUAUGAGAGAAGAGGCUGAGGAGAAGGCCGAUGUUGAGAAGAGCCGCAAGCAAGUUUUGGAUCAACUGGCUACCGGCAAGGGAAAUGCAGCUGAUAUUACACAACAAGCGCACAAGAUUAUUUUGAAGAAGACUUCGGCGAGAAGAACCUUGGGAGAAAGGGAUGCUGCGGUCAGUGCUGGAACUGGCAGCGCUGAUGGGGAGGGCCUUACGAUUAGAGGCCUGAAGAAGAAAGUGGCGCCUGUGGCAGAGAAACCUUAUGAUCCCUUUGGAGGAGUCAUUCUUGCACCUACGAGAUACGUAUUACGGGAUGAUUACGAGAACCAGUGGGUUGACAAGAGUGUCAAGCGUGACCCUAAACAUAUGGCUGGUGGUUACAGCCUUCAAGAAUAUUAUGGAAGAGCAAUGCACGAUGCUUUUAGUGGCCUUGAAAUAUUCAUCGAGGAUGAGAUGCGAGAUCGAGUUCAAUCGAGCUCUCCUUCUGGUGCUACCAUAGCAGCUGCACAAGCAUCUACGGGGAAAAUAAAGCUAAAGGUGGCGGAUAGAAUGGAAGUAGAUGAUGUAUUUUGAUAAGAUAUCUAGUGUAUAAUGCAGAGAGGAUGGGGUGGGGUUUGCACGAUUCAAGGAGUUUAGAGACAAAUAGGGUGGUGGUCACCGGGCGUCUGAGGUUAUCUGGACAUAGUUAUACAUUCAAAGGACAGGCCUUUGUAAUUAGUUACCUGGAGCUAGAUACCUCUUAAGUAGGCAUAGGCAAUUAAUAUCACAUCGUGCA